AGAGAGAGAGAGAGAGAGAGAGAGAGAGAUUUAAAGCAAAAGCAAGCAAGAGAGCCUUUAAAAGCAUUACAACAAAAGAAUAGGUAGAGGUGGGUUUUGUGGGAGGAGAGAAGCCAAGAGAGCAGAAACAGUAACCAAAGCAGAAAAUGAGGAACCUUGGGAGCAUUGGCAAUAGUGGGAGGCUAUCAACUGAUCAGGAGAAUGAAGAUGGGGAGAUCACCAAGUUGGCCAUAUCCACACUUGAAGCUCGAGAGGAAGAAAUUGAGAGGAAGAAGAUGGAGGUGAAGGAGAAACUUGAGCUUCAGCUGGGUCGUGCUGAAGAAGAAACCAGGCGCUUGGCACAGAUUUGGGAAGAGCUAGAAGUACUUGGAGAUCCUAUGAAAAAGGAAGUUGCAGCUGUACGUAAGAAGAUUGACAUGGCCAAUCGAGAUUUAAAGCCACUGGGACAGAGCUGCCAGAAGAAGGAGAAGGAAUACAAAGAAGCCCUGGAGGCUUUCAACGAAAAGAACAAAGAAAAAACACAGCUAACAGCCACAUUAAUGGAGUUGCUGACCGAGAGUGAGAGACACAGGACGAAGAAACUCGAAGAGCUGAGCAAGAAUGUAGAAUACAUAGACUACUAAUAUAUUCAAUUGUAAUAAGUGUUUUGGCUUGUGAGCUUGUACUUAAUAUUAUUACCAGUAUUAUAGGUGUUUAAGAAGCCUCUACUCCUCUGACCAACUUUAAACAUGCCUUAUUACCAUUAUGAUUACAUCAUGUCAUAUCAGACUAGGGUCUGAUAACCACUGAAACAGUCAUGCAAUUCAAUAAUAAACCCUUUUUAUGAAGAUA